AUGACGUUGGUAGCAAUUGCCGUAGAACGCUAUUGUGCCGUGUGUCAUUUAGCCCAACGUUUUAGCGUUCAAAACGUCAAUCAAGGAAUGCUUGUGGUGCUGACAGUUAGUUUGAUUUUAGCCUUUCCUUCAAUAGGAAUAUUUGCCGUGGUGCCUGCAACGGACGUUCAAGAUAUCAAUUGUUCAUUCCCCCAUGUUUCAAACGAAACCACGUUCUGCCAUUUUACGACGUCCAUCGUUGGUGAAACGGUUGCGUACAUAUACCAAGGUGUACUUAUGUUGUCGUUUUUCAUAUCCCUGAUCAUGAUCAUGAUUUUUUAUACCAUCGUGUAUUUGGUUUUGUGGAGACGAGCCAAACAAAGACGAUCAAGGCUCAAGCAGUUAGAGAAGGAAAUGAGUGAAAAGAGCUUAUCUUCAAACGGACUGUACGAAACCAGCAUUUAUGUCACUGCCCAUCAGACGAAGAUCACAAACUUCAAAAUGCCUAAUUUUAGUGAUGUGAAUAAAGUUAUCGUUCCCGAUCACGGACCCGUUCGCAAGUAUCUCCCACCCCCGCCAACACAUAAACUUGAGAGUUUCAACUCGAACGACACCGGUUUCAGUUCUUCGAGUAGUGUUACAACCAAGAGUGAUCGUACAGCGCCGUCGACGAGUACGGGAGAGUCGCUUUUAACGGAAGUUACCAGAAUAUCUGCGACGUCGAUGUCCACGCUCAUGCGUAGUCGUCACCAUAAUUUACACCAAAGAACGGCGAAAAUGUUGUUUUUGUGCACUGUCAUUUAUGUAAUUUCGUGGAUGCCAUUUUGGUUUGAUAUUUUUGGUGCCACGAGUAAUAUUGUUUUGCGAUAUACAUUUUUUGUGGGUAACGCCACGAAUCCAAUAGUGUAUGGUAUUGUAAAUAAACACAUGCGUAAAGCCUUUACCAGGAUAUUGUGUAAUACGAGCGGAAACGAUGUAAUAACUAAUAAUAACGAUAAACAUUGCACAGAUACCAGUAAAGAAUGUGAUAAACAUUAA